AUGACGAGAUCGACGGUCGACAUUGUUCUGCAAAACAACACCGGCUCUUCCAACGCGUAUGCCCACCUGACCGGCCUGGAUAUCAACAAGAACAAUGCCGUAUUCCUCCUCCAGUCCGAUGGGGUUACUGGCUACUAUCCCAGCUCGCCAUCUGGGAUUCUCCAACCGCUGGGUGCCGAUUGUGCCAUCUCGCUCGGGGCACCGGGGUCGACGCGAAAGCUGACGAUCCCCCAGAUUGCAGGUGGGAGGAUCUGGUUUUGUCGGGACGGCCCGCUCCAAUUCUUUUUGAACCCAGGCCCAGCCGUCGUCGAGCCUUCGGCCACCAACCCGUCCGACAAAAGUUACAAUUUGGCUUGGGGCUUUGCAGAAUUCACAUUCAACAGUUUUCAGCUAUUCGUCAACAUUUCCUAUGUCGACUUCGCGAGCAUCCCGGUCUCACUCACUCUCGAAAACGACUCGGGCACCGUCACCAACGUACCGGGCCUUCCAAGCAACGGCCUCGAUCAGAUUUGCGAGAAACUCAUUGCUCAGGAUGCCACGGAUAAUGCCGGUUGGAGCAAGCUGAUUGUCCGCACGGCUGACAAUACGGCCAACUUGAGGGUUUUGAGCCCCAACUCCGGCAUUGUCAUGCAGCCGACUCUGUUUGACGGCUACUAUCAGCCCUACGUCGAUAGCGUGUGGCAGAAGUACAGCUCGGCAGACCUCACAGUCAACACUCAGGCUGAAUGGGGCGACGUCAAGGGACGCGUGGGCUCCGGCAACCUCAUGACUUUUGGCAACGCCGGAUCGUUCGCACAGCCGGCCUCGAAAGACAUUUUCAGCUGCAGCACAGGGCCGUUUGGCGGGUACCCCAGUAACCAAGCGGAGAUGGGGGCCAUUGGCGCGCGCAUCGCGGCGGCUUUCAACCGGUCGACGCUCCUCAUCGAUGACCAGCAGCCAGAGGGAGAGCAGGUGGCCAACUACUACAAGGACACCCGGACGAAUCACUAUUCGCGCAUCUGCCACGAGGUCAGCAUCGGUGGUCGUGGUUAUGCGUUUCCAUAUGACGAUGUUGGUCCGUCCAACGGUGCUGACCAGUCUGGCUCGCUGUUCGACUCCAACCCCAAGGUUCUGACGGUUGGUAUUGGCGGCGAAAGUACGUCGCCGGCCAAAGAAGAGCUGUAA